CUAAUUCUAUUUCCGUACGAUUUUCUUUCUUCAUCUUUCCCUGACAAAUUAGAUCGCUGAGAUCAAAAGACAAACUAAUGGGCAAGUUGUGGAUCUUGAUCACCCAACUUCAUUCUCUUGCUGGGCCGGUGGCAACUUUAUUGUACCCUUUGUAUGCAUCGGUGGUAGCUAUAGAGAGCACAUCCAAGUUGGAUGACGAGCAGUGGCUUGCUUAUUGGAUCAUUUAUUCGUUUCUCACCCUUAUGGAAAUGGUUCUCCAGCCCCUGUUAGAGUGGAUGCCAAUUUGGUAUGAUGUGAAACUAUUGCUAGUGGCGUGGCUGGUUUUGCCGCAGUUCAAAGGUGCUGCUUUCUUGUAUGAAAGGUUCGUGAGACAGAACAUUCGGAAACACAUAACGGACAAGAAGUCUCCCAACGGUGGCAUUGCUAAGAACAAGUUCUUCGACUUCAUCACAGCCAAGAAAGUGAGUUUAAUGAAUUUAUUCAUUUAA